AUGGACGUCAAAAACAAAAACAGAAAAAGUCAAGAAAGAGGAAAUGACGAGUCGAGGUUCAUGGUUCAACACGGCAGAACGGACAGACAUGUGAAAAGUUCUCACACUCUGAACUAUUUACAAAGCUGUUUUCAAAAUGGUAAUUUCAUUUUAUUAAUAAAACAAGUCUUGAUUAUUGGUGGAUCAAAACCAAAAGCUGAACAGAGACAGAAACAUAAAAGAGAGCAAAAAUUCGUCGCGAAGUUGGCACAUAACAAAAUUGAAAUUAAUUUGGACAAUUUGUUUGAACAUUUAGCUCAUGAAAUAUUUGAUUCAACACAAACUUUGCUAUGA